AUGGGAGCCUUUCUGGACAAACCCAAAACAGAAAAAACGAACGAUCAUGGAGAAGGACCGGUAAGUGGAGGGGCUCAUCUUAUGCUUCCCGAUUACUUUUUUUGUGUUUAUGAAAGCGCAAUUGUAACUUUUGUUUGGUCUUUCUGGAGGCGAUCGAAACACAGCUUGAUAAUGGAUAAUAUUGUCGAAAGACCAUGUUUCUAGUUGAAUUUUAAACAUAAAUUUGGGUUUUUAUUGAAGAUACGUUAAAAAAAUAUGUGAAACAUAAAAUCAAAUUACAAGAGCACAACAUUUUGAUAAUAAUUAGGUUUAAAAGCUUUUAAAUUGACCGUAAUGUAUACUUUUCAUGUAAUUUAACAAAAGCAAAAUUAUUUAGAAGUAUUUUACAAUAACAAAUAAUUUUCAGGAUUAUCGUUAUGUCGUUGCGUCGAUGCAAGGCUGGCGAACCGACAUGGAGGACGCACAUCAGGUUAAAGUGGCAAUGACCGAAGAAGAUCCACUUAAAGAUUGGUCCUUCUUUGCCGUGUUUGAUGGUCAUGCUGGUUGCAGGAUGGCUAAUCAUUCGGCUGAGAAUCUUUUGUCUUACUUAUUAAACACCGAAGAGUUCAAACAAGUAAGUCUUUGUGUAAUUCUUGUGUUUUAUGUUUAGUUUGACGACUUCAAGGAGAUGAAGGUGGACGUUUUUAGUCUUUUGAUGUUUUUGCCAGUCUUUCGGAUGUCUUAUGUUUAUUUCUUCAUUUUUUGAUAUUUAGUGUUCCCUUGUACCUGUGGCUUGUAUUGUACAUACAUUUAUUAACUCAUCUUGUUUAGCUGAUACCUGAGCUGAAGCAAAAUAACGGGAAGGUAACCGAAAAGGCGAUACAAUUACUUAAAGAUGGCAUCAAAGCGGGUUUCUUGAAGCUGGAUGAGAACAUGAGCAACGAGAAGGGAGAAUAUAAAGAAAAAAGUGGUACUACAGCGACUUGUGCCAUCUUGACGCCCGAAUACGCCUUCUUCUGUAAUUUAGGUACGAAUUUCAGAAUUUUUUUUAGGUAUUCAUUUUUACUUUAAGCUGGAAUUACUUUAUCUGUAUAUACAUAAUAACGUCUUAAAUAAAUAUGCACUGAUUCAUUAUUUUUUAGGCGACUCUCGUGGCUUAAUGGGUAGAAAAACGGAAGAAGUCUUCUCCACCAUCGACCACAAGCCUUACUUAACAGCUGAACGUGAGAGAAUCAUUCGCGCUGGCGGAACUGUGAUGAUCCAAAGAGUGAACGGCUCCUUGGCCGUCUCUCGAGCUCUGGGCGACUACGACUAUAAGAAUGUGCCAGGCCUCACACCCACCGAACAACUUGUAUCACCCGAACCCGAUGUGUAUGUUGUUAAGCGGAACCCGCUGGAAGACGAGUUCCUUAUUUUGGCGUGCGACGGUAUCUACGAUGUGCUACAGAACGAGGAGUUGUGUAUUUUGUUGAGAUCGCGGCUGACAGUCACCGACGACUUGCGUGCGGCUACAAACCAAGUAUUAGAUUACUGCUUAACUCGGGGGUCACGUGACAAUAUGACAAUGGUCGCCGUCAUCCUGCCCGCCGCUCCGAAACCCGACCCGGAAAUUGCCAAAGCAGAAGCCGAGUGGUUGGAGAAGGUCAAAGAGAAGGCCAAGGGUAAGAUAAUAAGAAAUGGAAGUUUUGGGUAACAAAGGAACGGCCAAUGUUUUAAAUUGAUUUUUUAAGUGAAGUGAUAGCUCAAGUUUAAAGUUGAUUUUCUUUUGUGUAGUCAAUACAAGUUUUUGUAUUAUUUCAAAACUUUUGUUACCUAAAAUUCUAUAUUUUGCUUAAACUUUUUUCUUUUUUACAUUCCGAUCAAGUCUUCGUUUGUUACGUAAAAUUCUUAUGAUCCACUUUUCAGAGUACGUGGACCGAUACCUGAAGGAGGUGCGUGAAGUGGAGACCAAUACAAUAAUUUCAUACCUCAAAGGAAACACGGAACUGGACAACUCGCCGGUGUUUGGCGGCCUCGACCUGGCCAAACACGUGAUCGACGAAGUUGUGGAGAGCUCGAAACGCGAACUCGGCAUCGCUUCGGACUCGGAGGAGCACUCGAUGGAUGACAGCAACAAACAGGCUAAUGUUAUUCUCACUGACUUGGAAUAA